AAGAGUCUUCAAUAUCUAGGUAGGAAAUGUUCUUAUUUACAUGUCCUGCUUCUUGGUUCUGUUAUUGUAGAAUGUUGAAACGAAUUGCUUAAAAAAUACGGCGAUACAAUGGCAAUUAUCUUCAAGGUUCAAAGUGAUUCUAUCCCAACUGUUAAUAAGAGUGUAAUCAGCAGUAUUUCGUCUAAAAAUAUAGUUGCAUAUAGUGUGAGUGAUGAAUUAGAUGCCGGCAGUCACAUCUAUGUGUGCGAUGUCAUAUCACCCUGGCAAAUUUAUAGUGUGACUAAUACAAAGAACCUUAUAAAAGUCCUGGAAUGGAAUAGCAGCGGAGAACUUUUACUGGCAGGUUAUAACAAUGGACUUGUUGAAAUAUGGUCUACAGAUAAGGUCCUGAAUAUCUGGUAUCAAGUAUAUAAAGUAAAUUUUCAUGGCGAGGACAUAAUAGCAGCGAAAUUCUUUCACAACGGAAAGAGUAUAUUCUUUCACUCUCAAAAGAAAGACUUACCAACAUAUGCUGACAAGUUUGAACGUUUGGAGUAUCGUCCGACGGUGGAACAUUUUGGAAGUGCCCCAGCUGAAGGCGUUGUCGUUAUUACCUCGUCGGGAUUAGUAGGUGCUUUUAUAACUCCACUUAAAAAAUCAAAUGAAACAAAUAACCAUACCAUCGAACUGAAAGGCGUUACUCAAAGUAUAGGUCUUUCUCGCUUUUACGUAUCAUUGUGCAGCAUGUCUCAUUGUUCUAGUGGUCAGCUUAAUGUUGCACUAACAUACAGUUGUAGACCCAAAAUUGUUUACUGUUUUAAAGUGGCUUUAAAUAUGGAUAAUGACAAUUUGUUUCUAAAAUGUGAAGCACUUCCUAGUAUAUUCUUUAAUGCUGUUAAUUACAAGCAAAUCUCACACAUUGGUUGGAUUUCUUCAAAUAAGGAAGACGUUCUAUAUAUCGGAUACAAUACUAUAGAGGGGAGUUUGCUCGAGCAAUGGCAUUUAAGCAAGAAGCAUCAAGCCGUUCAUAAAUUACUUCAAAAAAAUAAAGGAGAUUUCGUUCAGAGUGAAACAUGGGAAAAUAUUGCUAAGGUUCCUUUCGGAAUGGGUAUAGCAAAUGUAUGCAGUUCCAAACUAUUAACACAGACUACACAAAUAUUUGUAAUUUUAAAAGAUAAUACCAUACAAAUUGUUGAACCUGGUUUAAAGAAGGUGGCUUUGGUUAUAUCCGACCGAUUAAUGACUGAAGAUCGGUAUAGUCUCUGCAAAUUUGUGUCAGCAGACAUAACACAUAUGAAUCAAUUACUUAUUCUAUUCGAUAAUUAUGGUCAAAUGUACGCAAUGCAAGUAACAAAUCAGGUGGCAGAUAAAAAUUACAAAUUGAACACAUUAUCCUUACAAACAUCGCUGUUGGAGUAUUGUAUAAUAACUGGAGUGGAUGCAAGUGAUAUACUUAUGUUAAAUUUAAGUAACUUGGAAAUACUUAUUGAAAAGCUAACAGAAAAUUUUACGAAACAAUCUACAAUAAUACGUCAUUUCUACUAUUCUAAUUUCUUGUGUAUGAAGAGCAAUAUGUGUAGAAUUCAAUCACGACAACAAGAUUUUGAUAAUUUAAUAAUUUUGCAUACCAUAUCCAUAACUUUCAAAAGUUUACUACGCCCGGCAGAUCUAAGUUGUCAGGAUAAGGGCCCUGGCGAUAAUUUAGCCAUGAUACUGCAGGAUCCUUCUACAGAUAUAGAUAAAGUAUUAUUUAGUUUAGAUGGCAAAGACUUCGCUGUUGAACCUAUAACAUUACAAAGUUUACAACAACUCAUACAAUGGGUAUCAGAUUUGGCAUUAAAUAUUCUGAAAAAGCUUCCGAAUGAAGUUAUUAAAGCGAAGAUGAGUAAAAAACAAGGGUAUGACAUAAGCAGAGACAGCGUAGCUAUUAGUAGCAUAAGAGAGCUUUUGGUAAUGACGCGAAUAUGGGGUCUCUUAAAUCCACAAUGCUUACCGACAUAUACAAAGUCGGUCGAAAACAUUGAUGUUUUAGCUACCUUAUUUAGACUUCUAACCCGUUUGGCACAAAAUACUGCAGAACCUGAUGACUUUUUAUUAGAUGAAUGUAGUCUUUUAUCUACUCAAGUCCUCAUUCCUCAAAAACAGUUUAAUAAUCCAGCUACAUUAUUAAAUAAUCAUUUAUCACUUUAUAAAUCAUAUCCAUUUAUAUUUGUGGCAUCGACGGAGCCAAGUUGGUUGAAGGACGUCAAUUAUGAAGAAGUUGUAUUUAUUAACGAUAUGAAAGAUGGUGUCAGUAAUCUGCACUUAGGAGCAAAAGUAAAUGCACUUAGACAUUGCAUAAGAUGUGGAUUGAUAAAUAGUUUACUAAAUGUAUCUAAAACAUCUGCUAUGAAAGCGUGGUGUCAGAGGUGGCUAUAUUGCCAUUGUGGGGGUUAUUGGAAAAAAUUGUAAACAAUAAAUUAAAAGCUGAAUAAAAGAAUUUAUUAUUGACAAAAUUAAAA